UAAUAAUAAUUUAAAAUGUGGUCACCCGAGUCGGAAAUUAAUUCCAUUGCCAUGGCCACCACCAUGCGACAUUCGCAAUCUUCAUCGUCAGGCAUCUCUUCGCUUUCAAGCUGCGGGGAUCCGGAACGUUUGCCAGAGUUACCACCCCUGGAUGAGCAACGUUUGCAACGGGCCGCUUUGCAUUUGCAGCAGAAACUUAUACUUAGGGAAUGGUUAAAGGAUCAUCGUAUGCAACAUCAUUACCAACGAUUGCUGGCAGUCGAGGUGGCCUCACUGGAGGACGUCUAUUGGUUGGAGGAUUCGCGAGCAAGUAAAAUACUUGGCAAGGAUUGGCAACUCUGGUCGACGGCACGACAAAAUCUACCCACAUCGAAGGCCCAAUUGGAUGCCCUAAAGGCCCAGCUGUGGUCAACGGUAGUGAAAUCGAGUCAGCAUCAGGACGCGUGGACAUGGGGUGGCAUGUUGGUGGUCUCUGUAUCUGUUGCCGGCCUGGUUACCCUAGCAGCCAUGACCCAACCGUCAUUGGCCCCCGAAGCACGUCAUUCGUUACUACAAUAUGUUACCGGCAAGUAUCUACUUCCGGCCAAUUGCAAAGUUCAAUGGAAUUGGAAGGAUCCGGCCCGUGUCGGAGGGACCAUGUGCUUUGUGGUCCGUUUCUUUCAACGCAAUGGCCAGCCUUAUCCCAUCUGUGAUACAGAUCAGUUCUUUGUGGAGGUCACCGAGGGUACACGCAAAGUGGUUACCAUCAGCGAGUUGGGCUCAUCCACAGAUCCGAAUAAUGCAAAUAUAGCCAAGGUCAAGUUCACAGUACGCACAGCGGGACAAUAUAAGAUUUCAGUCCUAAUUGGAGCCAGUCACAUAGCUGGCUCACCAUUCCUAAGAAAUUUUCUGCCUGGCGCCAUCGAUGCACGACGUUCGCGUUUCGUACGUCCGGCCAGUACGGUCAUCUGCUGUGCUGGAUCUCCAACAAUGAUGCACAUAGAACCCAGAGAUGAGUUCGGCAAUGCCUGUGUCUUUGAUCAAAACGAUGAGGCUUUGCAGGGCUAUCAGGUGUCCAUCUUUGAUUUACGUGGCAUUGUGGUCACAAGUCUUCAACAGGCCAUCACCUUUACCUAUGACCGUGUCAAUUCUCGUGUCUCAGUCACAGCUCUAUUUCCCGAACCCAUUUGUCUGCGAGCUGUCAUCAAUUAUAAUGAGCAACAGCUGCCCAAUGGUGACUUUGAUAUCAUUGUUCUAAGCAGUAGCGAUACAACAUUGGUGCACAAGAAUAUUGCCUCACGGAAGCACAACAUAUGCUAUGAAGCCAAAUUAUUAAGCAUUUAUGGUGCCGCCAAGAGUAAACCCCGCAAAGUUCUCUGCUAUGUGGGACCUAAGCAGAAUUCGUUGAUAUUUCAGGUAACCAUCAAGGAGAUGAUAUUGAAAUUUAUACCCAAACGUAUAGCAACAUUCCGUCUCUGCCCGUCGACCAAAUUCCAUUUUUUGCCACACUUGGUAACCCAACUCCAUGGUCCUGUCUUCAUUAUCGAUGAUGGGGCACAACCGCGCAUUGAAUUGGCCUCCAAGGAUCGUAAUAUAAUUGCGGCAACCUUUACACAUUUUCUCUUAAAGAACAUUGGCGGUUCGGAGACAUUUAAGGAUAAGCAAGAUUUCUUCUAUCAUGAGGUGCGAAAAUUCCAUGCCAGUUAUUAUCACGAGAAGAUGACACUGAAAGUGCAAAGGGAUAAGAUACUGGAGAGCAGCAUGAAGGCAGCCAAAGGAUUCUCAGUAUCCGAUUGGUGUGGCAAUUUUGAAGUUACCUUUCAAGGCGAACAGGGCAUCGAUUGGGGUGGCCUGCGACGUGAGUGGUUUGAAUUGGUAUGCAGUUCUCUGUUCGAUGCACGCGGUGGCCUUUUCUGUACAUUCCAUGACAAACAUCAGGCUUUAGUCCAUCCUAAUCCAACAAGGCCGCCACAAUUGAAAUUAAAGCAUUUCGAAUUUGCUGGCAAAAUGGUGGGCAAAUGUCUAUUUGAGAGUGCUCUGGGUGGAAGUUAUCGGCAAUUAGUCCGGGCACGUUUCAGUCGCUCUUUUCUAGCUCAACUAAUUGGACUAAGAGUGCACUAUAAGUACUUUGAGCAAGAUGAUCCCGAUUUGUAUUUAUCGAAAAUCAAAUAUAUUCUGGACACUGAUCUCGAUGCUACAGAUACUUUGGAAUUGUAUUUUGUAGAGGAAGUCUAUGAUGGUAGUGGUCAGCUAAGCAAGACCGUUGAACUUAUACCAAAUGGUGCCAAGACUCGUGUAACGAAUGCCACAAAGAAUCAAUAUUUAGAUUCUUUGGCCCAACAACGUUUAUGCAAUAGUGUCAAAGAUGAAGUAGAUAGUUUUCUAAAAGGUUUAAAUUCCAUAAUACCAGAUAAUCUACUCAGUAUAUUCGAUGAGAAUGAAUUGGAGUUACUCAUGUGCGGCACUGGAGAGUAUUCAAUCAGUGAUUUCAAGUCGCAUCAUAUAGCCAAUGGUAACUCAGCUGAAUUUCGGCGAGUUCUGGGCUGGUUUUGGGCCGGUGUCAGUAAUUUUAGUCAAACCGAAAUGGCUCGUCUAUUGCAAUUCACAACAGGCUGUUCACAAUUGCCACCAGGUGGUUUUCAGGAGCUAAAUCCGCAAUUUCAAAUCACAGCGGCACCAACAUUUGGCAAUCUGCCCACAGCUCACACUUGCUUCAAUCAACUUUGCCUGCCAGACUAUGAGAGCUAUGAGCAAUUUGAGAAAUCUUUACUUUUGGCCAUUAGUGAGGGCAGCGAAGGCUUUGGCAUGGUCUAAUGGUCGAAAUUUGUUCUCUAAGUUUACAUGUGUAGCAGCUAAAGCAAAACUGUGUUCCUUUUUGCGCUUUAUAUGUGUCAUUUUUUGUAUUAUAUAAACUACUAAUAGUUAGUUAAUAAGUCUGCGUAGUGAUUCAGUAAAUGCAAGAAUGAAAGAUGCUUUUGCCUUCUUUUUUUGUUGCAUCAAAAAAAUGUUCAAUUGUUGCUACAAAAUUAUGUCCUAGGCUUAAACCAAACCAAAGAAAAAGCAUAAAAUCCAAAGCAAUAAUAAUAAUAAUAACGAAAAACAAAAAUCUAUAUUGUUUGAAAUGAGUCAAAAAAACAAAAAAAUAUAUACAGAAAAUGAAAAUGAAUUAUAUAUCAUCAUCAAAAAGAAUGUGAUAAUUGUAUUAUAAACUAAUGCAAGUUAAUCGUAUAUAGUAAAUGAACAAAAAAUAAAAUCUUUAAAACUUAAUCUCAGACCUAAAUCCCCCUCCAACAAAAAUAGUGUAGAAAUUAAAAAUCAACCGAUAAAUUUGUAUACUAACUGUAUUUAUUGUUAGCUGUGCUGUGUAAAGAAACAACAAACAACAAAAAAAAAAUAGAAAAUGAACCCAAAAUCGAAUCUUAAAGCAUAAAAACAUUAAACACAAUACCUAAGUAGUCGAAGAACAAAUGUUUAUAUUGCAUUUCAACUAAGUAUAAAAUGAAUAUAUUGUAGGUAUACAUAACAUAUACUAGAAAAUCCCUUUGGCAUUAUAUCUCCCAUAUAAGCAAUAUUGAAUUAAGCAAAACUUAUAUAGAAAGUUUUUAAAUGUUGUUGAAAUGCAAAUUAUGAAAUCAAUGAAUCGUCUAUGGAAUUUGUAGUUGUUGAAAAUUAUAAAUGGUAUGAAACAAAAAACUUGAUUGUAAGCAUAAAUCACUAACCUGAAUCAAGUGAAAUAAUAAAUUUAAUAAUAAUAAUUAAUAGCAAUCAA